AUGUCCAUGCGUGCUAGCGCAAUCAUACGACGAUAUAGAUCACGAACCAGUGACUGUAGCUUAUUGCUGAAAGCAGUGCAAUUCCAAAAUGGCAAUACAAGGUUGCGUGUUUUCCCGAAAUUUAUUGAUGAUCGCGAAUGCGUUCCCAUUCCAACUGAUUGCAGUAGCAAUGAUCUUGCAAGCAAUCCUUCUUCCUAUUUAUGUAACCCUAAUUCUACCAUAUAUCCACAAACAAAUCCAUCAGCUAUUCGUUUUCCCAAUAAAUUGGAAGUAUGCCAACCGCCGGUUGAACAGAAUAUUAUUUGUCGUUUCGAUAAAACUAAACUGAAUCCCGAAAUGGCAUUUAUAGUUCAGAAAGAUGGUAGUUCCCAAAAUACUAUUUCAAACAUGUGCAAUACACCCAUCCCUAUUAACCAACAACACAAAGUAUCCGAUGUCCUAAUAGAAAAUUCUGUUGAUCUGACUUCUGAGAAGCAUCCAAGAAGUAAACAACAAUAUUAUGGUAGCGAACAACUUAAUAGUAAUUGGCAAAUCCAGGAAAUGAAUUCCGAUUUAUUUUUAAAUCAGUUUGAAAAUCGUUGCACGCCAGAAUUCGUUGCAAAGCUUCUAAAUCAGUAUGCUAAUUCAAAUACUUAUCCCAUGGCUCAGCUCCUACAACAGUACACUUUAUGGCCUAGCUACCUGCAUUGCAACAACUACUACUCCAAAAUGCAUGUAGCAAAUUGUUUUGGUCAACUCUUUGACCAAUAUCUUUCACCUCAUCCUGGAUUUCCGUCCAUAGCAUAUCAGUUGAACUCUGAAGAAGCAGUAUGUUGGACAUCACAAUAUAGUAGGUCUCGUGACAAGAAGACUAAGGAAAAAUCACCUAAAACAGUUGAUAGCUGCAAACAGACUUCCAAAUCGAAACAAAUGUGGAAAGAACAAAAAUCCAGAAAAUACAAAACGAAUAAUGAAAAGCCAGCAAAUCAUGGUACCAUGGCCGGAUUCAAUUUGGAUGGCAUCGAUUGUAGCGAACUGGAUACGACGAAAAGGUCGUUGUCUUCUCAGGUCGGAAACAAUGAAUCAUUUGCAGAAAUGAGGCCACGGACUCUGCAACUAACGGCCGAAGGUAUGCUCCGAUUAGAAAACACUCGUUAUCGGCAGUUCCUUGCUGAUGUGUGCUCACUUGAAGCUCGUUUGUUUAAUGAUAUCAGUAAAAUAUGA